UCGAUAGCGACAUCGUUCGUUUCGCAUCCCUAGCAGCUACAAAAAAAAAAAUAAUAAAAAAAUAAAAUAAUAGCUUAGCCCAGCGAAAAGUAGUUAAUCUAUAUGUAUAGUGACCAGUGUAAGCUCUAAAUGGGUACAUAGUGCAUAUGUACACACAGCGACAUGGGCAUGGUGGAGGCGACGACGUCGGAGCUGCGCUUGGAGGCCCAAAACUCGUACACGUACCUCCUGGCGACUCUCGGCCUGACGCUCACUUUCAUCGUGAUGCUGGGCGCGUGUCUCUGCUGCAAGAAGCGCAUUCCCAAAAAUGACUUGAUGGGCCUCGAGGGCAUGGUCAAGCUGAAGAAUCCCGACAAGGUUAUAGUGGUCACCAACCUGGUGAAUAACAGCGAGUCCCAGGCGGAACUGAAUGCUUCAACAGUGUCCAAUGCGGACUCGGAGAAGCGGUCGAGCACUGCGGCUCAUCGCAGUUUGCCGGACAUUCCUGUGGCCGAGAGCAACGACAAUGGGUCCGAACUGUACGAGACUGUGGCGGACAAGCAGCUGCUGGAUGCCCGCAAUGCCCGAAGUCAGAGUCCCCAACCGAGCCUGAAGAAGCAGACCAGCGUGUCACAGCACAGUUCCAUUAGCCAGGCAGACGACGUCAGCUCUCCGUACUCAAGGGUCAAAGGUCUGCCGCACGACUAUGCCAAGCUGAGGGGCACCGAGCACCCGUAUGCCCAGCUAAAUGCUCCGUCCACCUCGCAUGCAGCCAAUCACGGAUCUGCAGCAGCAGCAGCGGCAGCGGCAGUGGUGGCAGGAUCUUCCAGCGAUGGCAUCGAUCCCAUGCACCGCAGCUCCCAGCACAGCGAGGGCUCCAGGGAGCACAAUGACUCGGCUCCAGUGCAAGCUGAGAUACCCGCUGCCUCCGCGAUAGCAGGCAUGAUUUCCGCCAGCCAGGAUCUGCCCUACAUGACGCCACCAAUAGCAAACCAACACUUUAGCGGCGACUCGCAAGACUCUUCCAAGGGUUACACGAGCAUCAGUGUGAGGGAGCCGCUGGCCAACAUUCUGGCACAACAGCCACCGGGCAAGCCCACAAGCAGGAACCCAGGAUUAUCACGCGAUGUGAACGACUCGCACUAUGCCACCGUAUCCGACGAUUCUGAUGAAACGUAUGCCGCCAUCGAGGAUCCCAACAAUCGUCAUGCAGCCAAUGCUGCGGCCGAUAUUUACACCAGCGGAUCGGAAACCUACGCACAAAUCCAGCCCAUGCAGGCCAAUCCCAUUGUAGUUGCCGUCGAGAUCAACAAUAGCAGCAGUGUUCCAGUCGCCAGUCCAUCCGUUGUCAUGGUCGGUGGAAGACCGGCUAGCAGUGUUAGCACCACUGAUCAUAACAUGCCAAUUCCGCCGCCCGUUGACAGUUUGCGGGCGCAGAUGCACUCCCGCCAGGCCUCGUCCUCGUCGAACAACAGCACAUCCGUCUGCAAUCUGGGCUCACCGAAACCGGAAAAACGACAGGCCAACUCGCCGCUGCCGCCAACACCAAAGUCGAGUGUGGGUCAGUCGCACCAUCUUCACGCCGGCAGCAUUAGCAACCUGGCUUCUGGCAGGAACUCGGUCAUAUCUGUGAUUGAGGCGGGCGGAGGAGGCGAUGAGGAGGCCGAAGAGGCGGCGUCUCCCCAGCGCAAGCACAGCAAGAGUCUUAGUCCCUCCAAGGAGGGUGAGAGCAACAAGAAUAUCGAGGGCAUGUACGCCAAGGUUAUGAAGAAGCACAAAUUCUCGCGCAAUUCCCCAUCCUCGCAAAACAACUCGCCUAUCCUGAGCCGGAAGCUACAGCAGGAUGCUCUGGGUGUCAGUCCCUUGGAUAGCGCGGCCGCACUCCUGGUGGAUGCUCAGAAAAGUCGUGGAAGGAGCAAUAGCUACUCGGCCAAGGAUCAUGGCUAUGAAACGAUACCAGCUGAUGGCCAGGCGGCGACGCUACACGAAAAUCGCAAAUCGGAUUGCUAUGCGGCCAAUAUGCUGCAAAAGGAACGACAACAGGAAGGAGGAGGAGGAGGAGCUAUGGCCCAGCCCGUGAUAGCGACAGCUACUAUCAGCUCCAGCACAAAGCACUACGAGACUAUUCCUAACCAGCCACAGCCACAGGCACAGCUGCCGCCACCGCUGCCGUCCAACAGCAACAACGAUCCCGGCUACGAGCAACUCCACCUGCAUCCAGUACCCGCUGGCGAGGAUGAGGCCAAAAAGUCCUCGGACUACGAUCCCAACUACGAGGUCCUCAAGAGCCGCGCCCAUUCGGACGACGGUUACGCUAAGGUGCUGGAGAAGAAACGCCCACCGACCUCCGCCGAUGCCUCUGGCUACAGCACCAUUCCGGGAGCGGAUGCCAAUCACAACUAUGCCAGCAUCCUGGAGACGAAGGCCGCUGCCGAGACGGAUCAUUAUGCGCGGAUAGCGGAGAAUGCAGUGGCUGCCGGAACACCUGGCAGCGGCAGCAGUCGCCUCACCCUCGCCUCGCCCAGCUCAACGUCCAAUUCGGUUUCGCUAAACUCCUCAACGGUGGCCACCAGCACACCCCAAACCUCACAGUAUGAAUCGCUAACGGGCACGGGCAGCGAAACGGAUCCCAACUACGAAUCUGUAUGCUAUCUGACCACAGCAACGACCACGACCAGCACGAGCCCGAGUGGGAUGGAGCCGGGCUACGAGCCGCUGCAAGCGGAACAAGAGUCAGAUACGCAGGCGAGCAGUCCGUUGAGUGCGGCAACCUCUACGCCUAGCGAGCAGUUGCUGGUAGACGACUACUUCCAUGUGUAGCCAUUGAACAGUGGCCAGUGAGCUGGAUCUCCCCUCAUUUUUUGCUUAGCAAUCCCUCAUGCACAUAUCAUCCAUUCGAUGCACCAGAAGCACCCCUCCCCCAUUCACCCAUAUUAUAUCGCAGUUACGAACUGCGCUCGCUCAGCGACUGCUAGAGAAGGUCACCGACCCCGCGGGCAGAUCGGUGAACAUACUAUCUUCUCUCUCCUCAUCACUCACAGCUUCAUAUCGGUUUGCCCUUUAGAAUAUAGAUAUAUAGCUUAGCUUUAGGUUGACUUUGUGUACAAACUAUUUGUAUGACCCACGACAAUGGCUUCCGAGCGAGCGAGAGUGGGUAAUCUGCUCGACUAUGAUGAUGAUUACCCAAUCUCAGUAACCCAGUGCGUCCUAUUUUUUGUAGGUAAAUUAACGCUCCAUUUGUUUAAAUCGAAAUAAGCACAAUGCUGGUUAAGGGCGGCAAGGAGGAUGAGUACAUACAUACCUACUAUACAUACAUAUGUAUAUUAUAUAUAUAUUUUUAUAUGUUUUGGCGUUUUUGCUGCUUUUUUACUUUACUGAUACAUGUCCGGUAUAUAGGCAAGCCAAGUAUUUGUAAUUGAUAAAUGUUAAUGGAACACACACUUCCAAGUAUUCAACCAACAAGCAACUAAGAUAAAAUGUUCAAUAAAUUAUUGAUGACUCACAA